CACUCGUCAUGGCGUUCAACGCUUAUCCAUGGACACCAGCUACGUUUCCGGACGCAUACGCCGCCGGCAUCGCCUUGGGCAGUGUGGGACUCACGGCAGGCACAUUCGCGCUACUAUUCCUUGUCCGCGUACGGGGCCGGAAAGCGCGCAAGAGUUCCGAAGUCAAGAGGAGAAUUUCGGCGCCGCUCUCGGCGCGGCCGAGGGCGGAGGGGUACGAGCUCGAGGAAGGAAAGGGAGGGAGGUUCUCGAACCGAGGUGUGCACAACGGCAUGUAGAAUGAUGCUCCUGAGUUGAGGGGGUAGGUGGGGAGUGCCUGCUGGCUGGGAGGCGUAGUUGCGGGGAAUGUUAUUACAUUGGAAGGCGC